AUGGCCUGGAGAGAUGUGUAUCCAGUUCUGAUUCAACUGGAUCAAAUCUCGGUGAAUCCAGGUACGAGGGACCAGAUUUGCUGGAAGGAAGGGAAUAAGCUUCUUGAUUUUUCUUCAUCAAAUGUUUGGCAUUCGGUUCGUAUUAGAGAGCAGGAAGUUAAUUGGGUUAAGAUUGUAUGGUUUCCCCAGUGCAUCCCUAAACAUGCGUUUCUUAUGUGGUUGAUUUUGCGUCGCAAACUGCUGACUCAGGAUAAAAUUCUGCAGUGGGAUUUCUCAAGACAGAAGAACAUGAACAUGGUGUGUUGCGUAUUGUGCUAUGCGGAUGUUGAUUCCCAUGAUCAUCUUUUCUUUGAAUGCAAGUUUUCUACGCAAAUUUGGAAUAAGGUUAGACACAAGGUUUGUAUGAAUAGUGUUGAUUCCAAGUGGAGCGCUAUUAUGAACUGGCUGUUGGAUCGUGCUCAGUCAAAAUCUGCGGCGAGUUAUGUUAGCAGGUUGCUUGUUGCUACGGUUGCUUAUUUCAUAUGGCAGGAGCGGAAUGCUAGAUUUUUCAAGAACCAAACGAGACCUCCGGACACCAUUUGUGAGCUAAUUGUCAAGACUAUUCGAUACAAGCUUAUGGGAGUUAAAUUCAAGGAUUGUGCGAAGAUUAGGAGGAUGCUUGGAGCUUGGAUAUUGGUGGAGCUGGAGAUAUUGAUGAUGGGAGUUAAUUGA